AUGCUUGAUUAUAUUCCAUUCACAAAAGGAUAGGACAGCGAUGUAAAAGUCGAAAGUAAUACAGGAGGAGGGCACAAUUCAAUACUUAAAAAUUAAAAAUAUACACUUAAAUUUCUAUAAAAUAAACAAAACUAUGCUAAAAUCAAUAAAGUUACUGAUUAUUAAUCACUAUUAAAUUCUCCUGAACAAAUUACUACUAGGUCAUUAGAUAUAUAGUAAUAUGAAUACUUUUUGCGCAAAGAUGCAUUAGAAAAUAGAUUGAAAGAAUACAAAAUAUCUAAAGGAUAAUAAACGACUUUAACACGAAAGCAACUGCAAUCGUCAAUUAAAGUUGAAAAUGUUCAUUUAAAUGAAAACUCUGAUCAUUAUAAGAAAUUGGAAUUGGCACUCAAUAGAUCAAAGUUUAAUCGAGUGGGAAGCAUUGGUGAAAGUUACAGAUCUCAAGACUCGUUAUCAAGCAUAUAAAAAAUUACCAGAUAUUAAUAAUUGCAAUAAUAAACCUAAUAUUUAGUAGUGUAAUAGUAAGAAGAACAAAAUAGAUAAAAAUCUUAUUAAGAAGAGUAAAGUCUUUCUAGCAUUAAAGUUGAAGAAUAAAUAGUAGAUUUAUCAACUGAGAAGCAUGAAGAAGUAGUUCUAAAUGAACCAUUAGAAAAUGAAAACUCUCUUUAGUGCGAAUCUCAACAGUAGGUUGAAAUUUAAGAUUAACCAUAAUAAUUAUAAUAGUAAGUUAAUGAGAGUUAUGCCAUCUCAUAAUUCUCAGUUCCUUAAUAGUAUUCCAUCAAUAAUGAAAUUUCUUUGAUUAACUAUGAGGAUGAUGAAGAUGUUGAUGAAGAAGAAGAAUAAGAAUAAGUUCAAUCUAACAAAAAAUAAACUAAAAAUAAAAAGUAACCUAAAUAAAAGGCUUAGAAACAAUAAAAAUAACAACAAUCUAAUUCCAAAGUUAAUCAAAGUAUUCAAUCAGUCAAAAAAUCUGAUGGCAUAAGAUCAAAUAAAAUUAGUAGAUAACAAUCUUAAAUGUCUAUAUCUGAUUUAGAUAGAAUUGAAUAAAUAAUUCAAUAGAAUGCAAAUGAUCUAGAUGAAGCAGAAGAAAUGCAAAGAGAUAAAAUGAGAAAAUAAAUUAGAGAGUUAGAAGAAAAAAUACAGAAGACUAGAGAAAGGCAAGAAUAAUUUUAAUAUAAUCCAGAAGACUAUAAAGAUAUGAGUGGAGAAUACUUAUAAACCAAAAAAAAGGAAUAGCAAUUAUAAUAACAGUAGGAAUAAUAGUAGUAAUAAUAGUAAUAAUAGUAAUAAUAAUAAUAAUAUUAAUAAUAACAACAAAAUUAAUAAUUCUAAUCAUAACCCUAAUAACAACAAUAACAUUUAUAGGUUAAUACUCCAAAAAGGCAAGGGAAAUAAGAAAUUAGACCCAAUAUUUAAACCUAACUAAAUAUAUCUAAAUAGGCUAAAUAAAUAAAACCACCUGAAACUUAAAGUUAAGCAGUUUUACCUAAUAUUAAUUAAAAUUAAAGAGUAUAAGAACAUCCAAUGACUGCUAAAUCCCCUAGACUAGAAAAGAAAAAUUAAGAAAUCAAUGAAAUAGAAUCACAAAGAAUAUCAUAGCAUAGUAUUGAAUUAGAAAGGUCUGUUGUUGAAUCGUUAAGAGAUUUAGAAAAAUAAUAACAACAUUCAACUCCAAUUGUAUCUGAUCCAUUGAUAAAAAUAGAAAAUAAAUUAAAGCAAAUGCAAGAAGAGAUGGAAGUUCAUUAAAGGAAGCAGAGUGAUUUAGACUUUGCUGAUUUUUUGCUAACAUCAGGAAAUGUUUUCGAUACAAAUUAUGAAGUAAUUUGAUUAUUCUAAUCAUAGAAAUAUAAGAUAUUUCAAGUUGACAAAAAACCAGAUCAACCACCUGGCCAUUUUGGAGAAGAGGAAAAAAACUUAUAUCAAUAAAUGAAGUAUUGGGAUGCUUAAAAUACAGGAAAUAGUAAAAAGAUCUUAGCAGUUGCAGAUAUUGUUAGAGGUAUUUGUACUAAAUUUACUUCUGAUGUAAAUAUAAGUGAAGCAGAUGUAAAAACAUAAAAAACAAUAGAUUCUGAUUGGGAUUGA